UGGAAACAAUGCGCCUGCAUCUCGCGCUCCCGCGCCGAUCCCGGGAGCGUCCGGCUGUCGUGCGCGAGCGAGGGCGGGGACGCGCGCGAAGGGGGGCGCGCUCUUGAGUGCGGGCCGCGCGCUCGGUGGCGCGCAUGUGCCUGUGUGCGGGCUGCCGGGCUGCCCCGAGCCGGCGGGGAGCCGGUCCGCUCCAGGUGGCGGGCUGCGGGAGCGAGGGAGCGGACAUGGACUUCGACUCGUACCAGCACUAUUUCUACGACUAUGACUGCGGGGAAGAUUUCUACCGCUCCACGGCGCCCAGUGAGGACAUCUGGAAGAAAUUCGAGCUGGUGCCGUCGCCCCCCACGUCGCCGCUCUGGGGCUCGGGUCCAGGCGCCGGGGACUCAGCCCCCGGAAUUGGUCCCCCGGAGCCUUGGCCCGGAGGGGGAGCCGGGGAAGAGGCGGAAUCCCGGGGCCAUUCGAAAGCCUGGGGCAGGAACUACGCCUCCAUCAUCCGCCGUGACUGCAUGUGGAGCGGCUUCUCCGCCCGGGAACGACUAGAGAGAGCGGUGAGCGACCGGCUCGCCGCCGGCGCACCCCGGGGGAACCCGCCCAAGGCGCCCGCCGCCCCAGACUGCGCUCCCAGCCUCGAAGCCGGCAACCCGGCUCCCGCUGUCCCCGGUCCGCUGGGCGAGCCCAAGACCCAGGCCUGCUCGGGGUCCGAGAGCCCAAGCGACUCGGAGGGUGAAGAAAUUGACGUCGUGACAGUGGAGAAGAGACAGUCCCUGGGUGUACGGAAGCCGGUCACCAUCACGGUGCGGGCAGACCCUUUGGACCCCUGCAUGAAACAUUUCCACAUCUCCAUCCAUCAGCAACAGCACAACUACGCUGCCCGUUUUCCUCCAGAAAGCUGUUCCCAAGGAGGGGCUCCAGAGAGAGGUCCCCAAGAAGAGGCUCUGAAGAGAGAUGCCCCAGAGGAAAAGGAAGAAGAGGCAGAUGAAGAGAUUGUGAGUCCCCCACCUGUAGAAAGUGAUGCUCCCCAGUCCUGCCACCCCAAACCUGUCAGUUCCGACACUGAGGAUGUGACCAAGAGGAAGAACCACAACUUCCUGGAGCGCAAACGGCGGAAUGACCUCCGUUCUAGGUUCUUGGCCCUGAGGGACCAGGUACCCACCCUGGCCAGCUGCUCCAAGGCCCCCAAAGUGGUGAUCCUGAGCAAGGCCUUGGAGUACUUGCAAGCCCUCGUGGGGGCCGAGAAGAGGAUGGCCACGGAGAAAAGGCAGCUCCGAUGCCGGCAGCAGCAACUGCAGAAGAGAAUUGCGUACCUCAGCGGCUACUAAGUGACCAAAAAGGCUGACUGCUCCGUCUUACAGAGACUUGAGUUUAUUUUUUCACCUUCCUUCUCCCCCUUAGUAAUUUGCACAUUUUGGUGACGGUGGGACAGUCGGAACAGUACAUUCCAGAAUGCAGUGCAGCCGGUGCACACACUCUAAGGGCUUGCGUUCUUGGAAACCUUGAAACCCAGCGCUCCCUCUUCCCUGACUCACAGGAGCACUGGGUUUUCUCUGCGCCUUUGGCUUCUCAGGCAGGCAGCUGACUGAGGAGACCUGGGGUCUGCCUAGCUCACUAGCUCAGAAGAAAAGCCUGACAGAUGCUAUGCAACAGGUGGUGGACGUUGUCGGGGGGCUCCAGCCGGCAUGAAAUCUCACACUCCGGAUGAGCUUCGGGCUGGGAAAGGAUGCUCCCACUGGUGUCUCUGGGGUGAUGCUGGGACAGCUGGGCCUGGACGCUCUCCCUGAGGCUCUUCUUUCCAGGAGACACACGAGCUGUCUUGGGUGAAGACAGGCUCACAGACUUGAUCAACAUGGACCAUUACCUCACUGUCAGACACUUUACAGUAGCUGAGGAGUUGGAAACCUUAAAUAUAUAUAUAUAUAUAUAUAUAUAAAUAAAACAAUGUUAGCACCCCUCCUCCCACUCUAAAUGCUACGACCUUGAGAACAUUUAAAGAGCUUGGCCUCUAGAUUCUUUGUCUCAAAGCCCUCUGGGCCCUAUCCUCUGAGGGAGAAACCAUUCUGUCCCCACAAGGGACUUUUUUGUUUCCUUCUGCCUUUGUUCUGCAAUGGGCUCUACAGCACCCCUUUCCCACAGGUCAGAAAUAUUUCCCCAAGACCCUGGGAAAUGGGUCCUAGCCUGCGGCCUGGGAAAGGCUUGAAGUCCUGGCUGUGAACGUGUUAUCUGCCCAGGUGUUUUCCAUCUUGGAAUCUUUACUCGAGGCAGAUGUCAGGCACCUCGGGAGGGAGAACUCUACCACUUCCUCUUUCCCACUUCCCUCUCAUCUCAGUCCCUGACUGGUAAGUUUGAAGUUUUACUAGAACCAUGCAAACUGUCCUUCUAGUGCAACUCCAAGGAGCUAGCUUGCUGGCUCUGCAGCCACCCUUGGGCCCCUUGCCAGCCUGACAUGAGUCAGAUCUCUUUCCCAGCGUCUGGGCCUUACCGAAGUUCUUGCUAGGAGAGCUGCUGGGACUCAUCCAGUGCUCCAGAAGGUGGACUAGUUUCCUGGUGGGUUUUAAAGGAGCUUCCAGGAACUCUGCUUAGCCGACCAUGGAUUUUGCCCCAAGUGAACUUGGUACCUCCAAGUGGAUUCCAGGUGCAGCCUCCAGUCUGGAAAAGCAUCCAACCCAACAGGUGUCCUGUGGGCAAACUCAGGAGCCCCUAAGCCUGGCCCAGAAGAAAGAUCAGCCCCUCCAGAACCCUGCCCAGGGCAGCAGGUGCCUACUGGCUGUGGUUUGGAAAGUGGGGGAGGGGAGGAUGGUAGAACAUUCUCUGUGGCUCUGCAAAGCCAGCUGCUGCUUCCAAACUUACUAUGCACAAUGAUCUGUUUCUGAGGUUGCUUCAUGGCCUCAGAGAACCCCAAUGGAAGUUUGGGAAAAAACCUCUCUACCUUCUGGAAUAUGGUUUUCGGGAGCCAACUGACUUCUGGAACUGUCUUUGGAGAACAGGUGGGAUGUAGGUUAUUGAUGUAUCACCUGAAUAGCUUGUGUUUUAUAAGCUGCUGUUGGGUAUUAAGCUGGGAGCAGUGGUUUGUUUUAUUUGUUUUUUUUUUUUAAUACUGUAUUUUUGUAUGCCUUUUGCAAAGUGGUGUUAAUUGUUUUUGUACAAGAAAAAAAAAACAACUCUUGGGCAAUUC